AUGCGCGCUACUGCUAUCGUCACCGCUGCCGUCUUGGCCAGCAGUGCUACUGCUGCUCCUACCCCAGGUCUGAUCAGCAGCAUCCUGGGCCUGCUCACCAACGAUAUCAACAAGCUCCUCUCCUCGUUGGGUAUCCACCUCCACACUGAUGGUGCCAAUCACGGCGCCACUGUUCCUUUCCACAACCAGUGCCCGUUUAGCAUCCCAGCUGUCGAUCUGAGUCCCAUUCGCCACAGCCACGAUAUCAACUGGGGUAAGGGUGUCAACGGCGGCAACUUCAUCAACUGGAAGACAUUCAAGGCCAAUGGUGCCAACCUAGGUGGAUGGCUGGAGAAGGAACAAACUCACGACCCUAUCUGGUGGUCUGAGGUGGGCGGUGAUGGCGCUCCUGAUGAAUGGACUCUCUGCCAGAACCUCGGUAGCAAGUGUGCUUCAGUCUUCGAGGAGCGUUAUGCCUCUUUUAUCAACACCACCACUAUCGACCAGCUUGCCAAUGUUGGUGUUAACACCCUCCGUAUUCCGCUCACAUAUGCUGCCUUCAUCGAGGUUCCUGGUUCUCAGCUUCACCAUGGCAACCAAUUAAAGUUCCUCAAGACCAUCACCGACUACGCCAUCAACAAAUACGGCAUGCACAUUAUCGUCGGUCUCCACUCGCUUCCCGGUGGUGUAAACAACCUCGACAUCGGCGAGGCACUCUUCCACCAGGCCUGGUUCCAAAACUCUACAAACCUUGACUACUCCUUCCAGGCUGUCGAUGGUGUUCUUAACUUCAUCAAGCAGAGCGGCCACGUUAACGCUUUCACGAUCGCACCAAUCAACGAAGCUUCCGACAACUUCGCUGGUUUCGGAUCUGCUGCUGGUCUAACUAUCAAUGGAACGAACUGGAUCAACACUUACUUCAGUGGGGUACUCAAGAAGAUCGCCAAGGUGGAUAAGCGCAUUCCUAUGAUGAUUCAAGAUUGCUUCAUGGGCGCCAGUUACUGGGCACCCUUCUACGACGCAUCUGAAAACAUUGUCUUCGAUUCUCACGUCUACUACUUCGCCGCCGCUGGCACAUACGCCGGCUACGUCAACCCUGCCGUGUGCGGCCAAGCCCAAUACAUUGCUCAGGAGACAAAGUUUCCUGUUUUCGUCGGCGAAUGGUCCCUGCAGGCCAUGUACAACAACACUCUGGAUACCCGCAAGACCAUCUUCGACACUCAGCGUUACGCAUGGAACAAGUACUUGGCCGGUGGCGCCUUCUGGAAUGGAGUCUCUUACGCAACCGCCAAGGUGGAUGGAGAGGGUACUCAGCGCGAGUACUGGAGCUACAUUGACUUGAUCAACCAGGGUGUGAUCACCAAGGUUACAAACGAGUCAUACUGUUAG